GUGAAUCAGGGACCCGCUGCCUCUCCGCAAGAACUAAAUUCAACCAUGAAGGUACUUGUGGUUCUCGCACUUUUCUCUGUCUGCCACGCCAACAUCCUGUGGCAGGAGCCUCCCAAGAGCAGUCUGGAUCUGGUGAAAGAUGCUUUCUGGGACUACGUUUCUAAAGCGACCCUCACCGCCGAGGACUCCCUCGCGCAGAUCAGACAGUCUCAGCUGGGACAGGAAGUGAAUACCAUGAUCUCUCAGAGCGCUGACACAGUCAAUCAGUACACCGUCGCUCUGCGGAAUCAGGCGGCUCCUCUGACCCAGGAGUACAUGAGCCGGUUCACCCAGGAGACCGAGCAGCUGAAGGCCCGCCUGGAGAAAGACCUGACCGCCGUGAGCGCCACUCUGAGGCCCCAAGCUGAGGAGCUGGUGGCCAGCCUCCAGAGCCAGGCGGAGGAGCUGAAGAAGGACGCCGCCGCCUACGUGGAGGCCAUGGACCCCGAGGCCCUGAAGGCCGUCGUGCUGCAGAGGAGCCAGGAGCUGAGGGUGCAGCUGGAUAAGAGCAUGAGCCAGCUGCAGGCCCAGAUGGUGCCCUACACCGAUGAGAUCAAGGAGAAGAUGGAGCAGAGCCUGGACGAGUUUCAGAAGAGCAUGGUCCCCCUGACCCAGAGCUUCGAGAUCCAGCUGAACCAGAAGACCCAGGAGAUCCAGCAGAACCUGGCUCAGAGAGGAGAGGAGCUGAGGGCCAAGCUGGACGCCACCACUCAGGACCUGCAGGCUCAGCUGGCUUCUCUGUGGGAGUCUUUCACCAAGACCACCCAGUAAAGGGACACCUCCAUCAGCCUCACAGCAAAUAUUUAUUUCACCUUGACUCAAUGUAUAUUUGGCUAAAUAAAAAUCCGGCAAACAA